CAUGCUGCUCUUUUGCCAGGGCUGUGGGAAUGGGCUCAUUGUGGAGGAGGGACAGCCCUGCCACUGUUUUGCCUGCAACACCUGCCCGUAUGUGCACAACAUCGCUGGUAAGGUAACAAAUUGGAAGUAUCCAAAGCGGAAAGAAGUGGAUGACUUGCUUGGUGGAGCAGCUGCCUGGGAGAACGUGGACUCUACUGCAGAGCCAUGUCCCAAAUGUGAACAUCCCUGUGCCUGUUUCAUGCAACUUCAGAUCCGCACUGCAGACGAGCCCAUGACCACCUUCUACAAGUGCUGCAAUGAGCAGUGUGGACCCCGCUGGAAGGACUAGG